GUCAAGUGUGGCGGAUAUCCCGCGAAAAGCUCCGGAGAAGAAAAAAUUUCCCGGUCCCCGGUUUCAAUCAACGUGUCGGGGUAGAUAUUCUCGAGCUAAGCCGAUUUUUUUUUACGAUCAUGGCUGGAAAAACGAAGAAGGAGGUUUUGCAACGACCGGAGGUCACCGAGCGAAAUCAUGCCGACCAGGACGGCAUCGUCGAUCCGGAAAGCUGCAUCAAGCAUCCGCUGCAAUUCCAUUGGACGCUCUGGUAUCAGGAACCGGAUAAGGAAAAAUCGUGGGGAGGCAACCUGAAGGAGGUGGCCACCGUCGGUGCCGUUGAGGACUUCUGGAAAUUAUGCAACCACAUCAAGAGCCCGUCGGACCUGAAGACCGGGGGCGAUUGUUCGCUGUUCAAGCAGGGCAUCCGCCCCAUGUGGGAAGACGAGAAGAAUUUCCGCGGCGGCCGGUGGGUGAUCAACGUGCCCCGGCAGCAGCACCACGAGUUGGACGAAUAUUGGCUGGAUACGAUAUGGUGUCGAAUUGGCGAGGUUUUCGAUGAUCCUGAAGAAAUUUGCGGUGCCGUCGUGGAUGUUCGCCCGAAGAUGAAUAGAAUUGCGAUUUGGACCUCCACUGUCAUGAACCGGGACGCGCCGAUGCCGGAGAAAGCUGUAAGUCGAUUUCUUGCCAUAUUCGAACCAUAAAUUGU